GGCCUUGGGAUUCACGUCAUUCAUGGUCACGUACGAAGAUGGGUACGAGGUGGUCUAUCUAUAUGAGAUUCACUUAUCAUCAGCGGUUCAAGGACAAGGGCUAGGGAAACAGCUGAUGCUGAAACUCGAAGACAUCGGACGACACAUUGGCCUGGAGAAGAUCAUGUUGACCGUUUUCAAAUCGAAUACAGUCGCCAUGGGGCUUUACAAUCGAGUUGGAUAUACCGUCGAUGAGUUCUCACCGCCGCCAAAGAUACUGCGGAAUGGGACAGUGAAGGAGUCCAGUUAUUUGAUAUUGUCCAAGUCGUUGCGCACAACGUCUGCAUGCAUGAAUUAACUGAGCAUCAACCCCUUCCCGUCAUCAUGGUCAGUUGUACAACGCACAGCGCAUUGAAUUGGCUUAUCUUCGG